AUGACAUCGUAUCCGAAUCCACCGCAGCCACAAGAUCAGCCAGAGAAGAAGAAGAUGUCGGCGUGGGUUUGGGUAGUCGGCUUGGGCGCAACGGCUUUCUUCGGCCGCGCAGCACUCGUCGCACUCCGAAGAUCAGGCGGUGGCGCUGGACCCCUCGGACGCAGUUUCUACAAAGGCGGCUUCGAGCCCAAGAUGACACGGAGAGAAGCCGCGCUGAUACUGGAAAUGCCUGAACGGGGCAUCACCAAAGAACUCCUCCGCAAAAAGCACCGGUCCCUCAUGCUGCUCAACCACCCCGAUCGCGGCGGCUCGCCAUAUCUCGCCACAAAAGUAAACGAAGCGAAGGAGAUGUUGGAGAAAGAGGUCAAAUAG